UUAAUUUAUUUAUUUUUAGGAAUGUGGAUGCAUCGCCCUUGCCAGCAACUCGCACAGGAGUACGCAGAUCUCUAUCAGUUUUGAGUCCAAUUGAGAAUCAUACUGAGAAUGUGGAUACAUCGCCCUUGCCAGCAACUCGCACAAGAGUACGCAGGUCUCUAUCAGUUUUGAGUCCAAUUGAGAAUCAUACUGCGAAUGUGGAUGCAUCGCCCUUGCCAGCAACUCGCACAGGAGUACGCAGAUCUCUAUCAGUUUUGAGUCCAAUUGAGAAUCAUACUGAAUUUCACGAUGAAAAUGACCAGGCGCUUGUUCCAAAGAGAGCAAAGACGAGCAAGCAAGCAACAAACAGGCAGUCAAGUUUGUCAUGGAAAUCAGAGACUGAUAAUGACAUGGAUCCACAGAAUCUGCGAUUCCUGCCCACACGGGAACCUGGACCACAACUGAGGUCUGCUGACUCAAGUUCUCCAAUGAGCAUUUUCAAACAGUUUUUCUCAGAGAGUGCUGUGUCAACUCUGUGCCACAACACCAACGCCCAAGCAGCCAAGGCAACUGCAAACGGUUGCAAAUACAAGUGGAAAGAUGUCAGCACCAGCGAGAUGUACAAUUACAUUGGGCUCAUAUUUUACAUGGCCAUGGUGAAGUUGUCCUCCAUCAGAGACUACUGGCGACAAAGCAGUGCUUUCUCCGUGCCUUUUCCAGCUACAGUCAUGUCAAGGGACAGAUAUCGGACAAUUUCGUGGAAUGUGCACAUGAGCCACCCAGACGCAGACAAGGAGAAUGACAGAAAGAAGGGCACAGCUGAACAUGACCGUCUGUUCAGGGUUAAACCUCUUAUGAACACCAUCCAUGAUGCUUGUGUCACAAGGUGA